AUGAACGUGGACAAGCUGGUGGCCGACCUGCGCGAAAUAGAAGAGGACUACGAAGGGGAAAGCGAAGGGGGAGAGGACCCUUUGAUGGUGACGCAGAAGGUGGCCUUCCCCACUGGAAGCGUGAACAGAAAACUAUUCGAUGAAAAAAUGAAUCAGCACUAUACCAUUUUUAACACCAAAAAUGAGUUCCGAAAAACAGAAAUUAAUGUAGAGAAAACGCAAAUUGAUGUAGUUAACCAUUAUAUAUUUUUGCUUAAAUUGUUAAGAAGGAGAAAAGACGAAGAUAUUAUACGACAAAUAGGAAAAUGUAUUGAAGUCACCUUUGAGACGGACAACGAUGAGAUGGAAAAACUGUCCGAGGAAAAAUCAUUCUACGUGUACAAACAAUAUUUACUGAAAAAUAAAUAUUUUAUUUUUAAAAUCUUGAGAAGUAUGAAGAAUAGAAAUUUCUACCCGGAUGUAAAACAAAUUAUUAAAGACAUCACUAGAGAUGUUUUUUCAUUCAAUAGGGAGAUACAUAAUGGCAGUCUGGGCUUUAAGUCAAUUCUAUCAAAUCUUUUCAAGUUGUUAGGGAAAUAUAUCCAAUGUGAUUUUAGGAAAACACUGUUGGCAUUCUUUCUUCUAAGUCUUAUGAGUCGAACUAAUAACACUGUCGACAUUUUGUACACACUAGAAUAUUAUUUUAAAAACAAAAACUUCUCCAUUAUUGUUCCAAAUAGCUCCUUUAUCUCUCCUUGUGAGCUAAGCAUUUGUAAUAACAUAAUCCUUUUGCGUAGCCAUGUAAAAUACUUCAUCAAGAUUACAGAGGAGUCGUCGUCCCUGCUACGGUACAACUGCUACAACAUUAUCUACAUUGAUGAAAAUCUAAUAAGUGACAAUUUUUAUUUGCACAUUUAUAAAACGCUGCUCAAGGAUUGCAAGCACCACUACCUUUUUUCGGACAACGAAAUAUUCGGCCAGAUAAAUUUCUUUGACGUUAAGUCUAACUAUGCCAAGUUGAAGUCCAAAGCGGUGCCUCAAGCAGGGGAUUCCUUUCGACAAGUAUCAAUUGGCCACGACUCGACAAUCUACCCUAGUGGCGGGAAAACCGAAAGCAUCGAACAGCAGGAAAAUGAUUUCACAACUCCCCUGGACGAUAUAGAAGUUUCUUCCAGCUCCACCUAUAACUGCAGCGAUAACGAAAUUGACAUAAACAACAUAAAUGAGAAGAAUCGACUGUACCGGGAUACAUGUGACAAUAUGGGAAGACGAAGAAGGAACUUCUUUUACCAGUAUUUGAUUAUCGAGUUGAAUUCGUGA